GGAAGUGACGCUACUACGUUUUGUUGACAUUUGUUUGUGUAAGACAAAAACAGUGGACUCGGGCUGGAGGAUGGUGUAUUUUUGGACACUACUUGACCUCGAAGAAGCGUGAACGGAGACGCCGCUGCGAUUUACGAACAUUGUGUGAAUUCCGCCUGAUCUGACCAAGAAUGCACCGCGGGCUAAGAUGAAAUGUCACUAAGCUAGGCAGGUGGACGGAGCAAGUGGCGAACAAAACAAAACCGUGUCACCCUGACUACACUAGAGGCUGAAUCAUCCACUGCAGAGCCACCUCCAGCAUCGCAUAUCACACAGGAGCCACUCUUAUAACGCAGAUAUUUGGAUCAGCUCCUAGAAUCGUCCAGUUAGCUUCGUAACAAUUUCAAAGUGUCCAGUGUUAUUACGUAUGAUUGUUGUGUAUCUUCGCCAGACUAGCAUGCUAACAGCGAGCUAACGUUAGCCUUAGCUGCCCUAAUAUGAACUGCUACAUUUACAAGGCACUCUGCGACAAAAUGAAGCAGAUGUUUUAUACAAAACACUAGCACAAGAAAGUGUUCACUAAAAGUAGUUUAAUUAAGUUUUGGCCCUAAGAAUGUAAGGAAAAUGGCGAACUUUGAAGAGUAUCAGGAGUACCAGAGGAUAGAGGAUUUUGAGGAGGACUCGCCACCAGGAGAGGAAGACCUGCUGCUACACGUGCCAGAAGGCCUCAAAGACUCAUGGCACCACAUCAAGAACCUGGACAACUUCUUCACAAGAAUCUACCAUUUCCAUCAAAAGAAUGGAUUCGCUUGUAUGAUACUGACCGAGUUUUUUGAGCUUAUCCAAUUUCUGUUCGUCGUCACAUUCACUACUUUCCUAGUCAACUGCGUGGAGUAUGACGUCCUAUUCGCUAACCGACCCGUCAAUCACACAGAACCAGGGCACAACCCCAUGGACCGAAACAAAGUCACUCUUCCUGAUGCCAUCCUGCCCAGCCAGCAGUGCACCCAGAGGAUUCAAGAAAACAGCUGGAUAAUAUUUCUCCUCAUCAUGGCGGCCAUUUUCUGGAUUUAUCGACUCAUCAAAGUGUUUUGUAACAUCCUGAGCUACUGGGAGAUAAGGCAGUUCUAUAUCAAGGCCCUGAAGAUCAGAAUGGAUGAACUAUGCAACUUCACCUGGCAGGAGGUUCAGGACCGCCUCAUCAGCCUGCAGCGCGAACACCAGAUGUGCAUCCACAAGAAGGAGCUGACUGAGCUGGACAUCUACCACCGCAUCCUCCGCUUUAAGAACUACAUGGUGGCUAUGAUCAACAAAUCCCUGCUGCCUGUGCAGUUACAGCUCCCCCUGCUGGGCAACGUUGUGUUUCUCACCCAGGGCCUCAAGUACAACUUUGAACUCAUCCUUUUCUGGGGGCCGGGCUCACUUUUCCAAAACAAGUGGAACCUCCAUCCCAAAUACAAACGCAGUGGGAACAGGCUCGAACUGGCGCAGCAGCUGAGUCGUGUCAUACUUCUGAUCGGGUUAGCCAAUCUCCUCCUCUGCCCGUUUAUUCUGGUCUGGCAGGUUCUCUAUGCGUUUUUUAGCUACACAGAAAUCAUCAGGAGAGAACCGGGGAGUCUCGGGGCAAGACGCUGGUCGCUCUACGGCCGAUUGUACCUUAGACAUUUUAAUGAACUGGAUCACGAGCUGCACGGGAGGCUGGGCCGCGGGUAUAAAGCCACGUCCAAGUACAUGAACUCCUUCACAUCGCCCCUGCUCACCGUCCUGGCCAAAAACGUAGCCUUCUUCUCUGGCUCGGUGCUGGCCGUGCUUAUCGCGCUCACGGUGUAUGAUGAGGAUGUGCUGACCGUGCAACACAUUCUGACCGCGAUCACUGUGCUGGGUGUGGUUAUCACAGUAACUAGGUCCUUCAUCCCCGAUGAGCAUAUGGUGUGGUGCCCUGAGCAGCUGCUGCAGUGUGUGCUGGCACACAUUCACUACAUGCCCGACCACUGGAGAGGCAACGCUAACAAGAGCGAGACCCGGGACGAGGUGGCACAGCUGUUCCAAUAUAAAGCGGUGUUCAUCCUGGAAGAGCUGCUCAGCCCCAUCGUCACACCCUUCAUCCUCAUCUUCCACCUGAGGAACAAGUCUCUGGAGAUCAUCGACUUCUUCAGGAACUUCACUGUGGAGGUGGUGGGGGUUGGGGACAUCUGCUCCUUUGCACAGAUGGACAUCCGUCGCCAUGGAAACCCGACGUGGAUGUCCGAGGGUCAGACGGAGGCCUCCAUUUACCAACAGGCGGAGAAUGGCAAAACUGAGCUUUCCCUGAUGCAUUUCACCAUAAAGAACCCACGCUGGCAGCCCCCACAAGAGAGCUCUGUGUUCAUCAGCCACCUGAAGGAGAAAGUCCACCACGACGCUCUGAGCGGGCCCAGCACACAGCAGCUUCUGUCCGAGGCACCGCUCUGCACCUCCCUGCAGUCUAACGAGUCCGGAGUCACAGGGCCUGAUAACCUUUUGGCCAGUGUCUUGGCUCACCCCAUGUUGACGGCAUCUGGGCUUCAGGGCCGCGAGAACCGGUUCAUCCCCCCGAGCACCGCUGCCUCUGCCGCUGCUAGCGUCCUGGCUUCUCUGUCCACCUCGCAGCUGCAUGGACACACCAGCAGAGGCCGCCCCCAUGGCCUUCUGCCCACCUCCAUCCACCCGGAGAGCACCUUGUAUCACAGCGCACACACCAACAACGACAGUUUGACGACGAGCGAUUACCGCACGAGAAGCAACGCACUGCAUUCGGAGUUUGCCUCCGCGGAGAUGAGUCUCCACGCCAUUUACAUGCAUGAGCUCCACCAGCAGACCUUUCAUUCUCAGAGAGUAUCGGGGCAUUGGCAGAACCCAGUGCCAAUGAGAGACCUUCACCAUCUGUCUGGUGGCCUCAGCACCAGUCUCUCUAUGCCCGCUCCCGUGCACCUCGGCGGCUGGAGAGAAGAAGAUGAGGAGGAAAACGAAGAUGAUCAAGAGAUUAACAGUGGGUCGACUCCUAAAGAGGACACUGGGGGGAUCUGCUGAUGCCUUACGUCAUAAGUGUUUACAUUGUACUUUCUUCAGUGAACAUCGUGGCCUUAGAAGAUCUUGAUUUGGGUUUUAGCAUGGACCUGUUUUUGGACAUCCAUCGAAAGCUUGCAUCAGGGCGGGCCAGUUACAUAAUGCGAUAACCACUGUCUCUCUGCACCUGCCCUGCCCCAGUGAUGGCAGACUGUGGCAUCAGGGAAAACAUUUUGUCUUCCAUUCCCUCCAUCACAAACGUAUGCCAUAUUAUUAUUAUCAAUAUUAUUAUUAUUAUUAAUCAAGUCACAUGUGAGACAGAACGGCGAGUCUUGUUGAAAGUUUUAAAGUAAUAAUUGCAAUUAUAUUUUAUCAAUGCGUGUGUAGUUUCUUUCAUCUGACCCGCCAUCUUGGAAAAACUAUUUUUUACAAGUACAGCCCCCUACAUUUGUAAAUACACUAGCGCGUCUUACUUACAUCUUUUAUAUCAUUCUAUUGAAAAGUACAGAUAAAAAGCCACAUGCAUGGAUCAGUAUCGGGUCAGUAUCGUACUCGAUUAAACAAGCUUUGAUGCUACUGCUGCUGCUGCAAUCACAUUAUAUUUGUAUUACACAGUAUUUGAGGAACUAACAAAAAAACAACAAAAGUGCUCCAUACCUGAAUAUUAGGACACCAACUAAUGCAAGAUAUUUUUAAAGGUGCACUAUGGGGCUUUUUGUGGGAAGGGGGGAUCUGCUACCUGCUUGUCUCCAUGGUGAUGUUGUUGCUUUGCCUAGAAUGUUCCACAAUAUGGCAUUAAAAUAUAUAUAGCAUGUAUUCUAUUACAAGCAUAGACAGUAUAUAUAAAUGUACAUAGCUAAUCUUCUAGCUGCCACGUUCCAAAGAGGACGUGAUCAUGGGUGCACUUCAGAAAAACUGUGUCCCUGUUGCUGUCAGACUCAUCAUUGUGGUCUUAAAAUGUUCGUAUUAACCUGCUCUACAUAAUCCUGUGGUUUUUAUUUCACUAUUGUGUCUGUAAAUCAACAUAUGAACAUUAAUAACAGACAAAUCAGGUGCCUUCUUUCCCUGAGUUCGCUCCUGCUAGUGUUAGCAACAGGUUUGAUUGACAGCAUUUCUAAGUGCCCACUCCCUGCUAAACCAGCCAUGCGGAUGGGAAGGGACGUUACCUUCAACAGUCUCGCUCCAGAUUGAGUAUUUCACUGCUAUGAUACUUGUGGUCGGAAUUCCAAAUACGGAACUCUGCUCCAAAUUAUCCACUAUAACUGCUAGCCGCGAUGAGCUUCAUUUGACUGGAGCCGAAUGCUAAUCCACUUCUUAAUAUAGUCUAUGAUCACAGGUGUUUUUAAUUUUUCAGUAAUACCUUGAAAAAUAUGCAGCUUUGGCUUUGUGGUGUGACCUGCUUGUUUCCAUGGAGAUGGAUGAGUUUAAUGCAAUCCUGUGGAAUAUUACAGGCACAGCAACAACAUCUCUAUAGAUACAAGUAGUGGUGUAACGUCAUCAGAGAAAAGUUCCAUAGUGUGCCUUUAAUAAAAAAAAAAAAAAAAAAGAUGGCUAGCUUCUUGCCUUAUCGCCAGUUCAUUAGACUCCUUUGAUACCUCAUUGGUAAUGGAAAAAAAAAAGUCUGUACCUCUAAUUCAUUUCAUUAUGUGUAAAUAAAAAAGCUACUUUUUUUGUAGUGUCCAGACAGAGAUGUCAUUGGCCACAUUUUUACACUUGUACAUUUUUAUGGAUAACUGCUUUUCCAGAGCCGUGUAUCAGAGCUCCCUGUAAAAAACACGAAAGACAAUGAAUCAUUUUUAAAAACAGGGUGUGAGUGCUUUUACAAACCCCAUUAAUACUGUCGUCCCCACAUGUGUUUUUGUGUUAACUUUAGCAUCGUCCCCACGUGUUUUUGUGUUAACUUUAGCCGCUUUAGUUUCAAACAUGAAGUUGUUUAUGACUACAGUAUCUCUCAGUAUUCACUAACAUUACCUCAUGCAAAACACAUUCAUUUUAUUUAUUAUAUAUUCCCUAGUUAUUUAAUUAGACAAGGAGACUAUUUAUUGGCAAAGUAUUUAAAUUAUGUGAAUCGAAAUAAAGUUUAUGAUUACGCCACUUUUGUUACACACUUAAAAUGUGUUUUCAAUUUUAAAUCCUCAUAUUUGGUUAGCAAUAGAAAAGAAAGUACAUUAUAUCUGCAUAUUAGCUCUUUAAGCCAUUUUUAAUAUACCCAUAAUGCAACAGUUUUACCAAGAGUCCCUGUUAAUUACAAAGAAAUGUUUGAAUGUUGAAUGUUAAAAUGUAUGCUCCAAAUGAACAGACAUUGUUAUUCAUGUACUGCCCCCUUGUGACUGGAGUUGGAAUGGUUCAUAUUGGUUAAUAUUUCAAGCAGUACUGAAGAAAAUCUAACAAACAUACUAACAAAUCAUUCAAAACAAUAUUAUUUUACACAAAGGGACAUGUGGUUUUCAUUCAUUUCAUUAAAUGUUUGACUUGUAUUCUGCUGUUGUGCACAGAGCGUUUAAAAGGUUGGCAACAAAUAUAUUUUUAUUUCUGAAAUGGAGGCAACUGGAGGCAAAAGUGAAGUGGAAUCAUAGACUGUAUAUAUAAAUGGACAUAGCAAACCACCAACAAUGUUGACAUCACUUUAGUGUUUUAGGAUUAUUUAAUCUAUUAAAUAAUGUAUAUGUAUGUGUAUUUUGUGGGAUCUUUUCCUCCUUUGUGAUAGAAAAACAAAGUGACUGAUAUUUGCAGCUUGGAAAUUCAAGAUGGCUGCUUCCUUUUGGUCAUUCUGAACUAUUUCCAUUCUGAUCUGAUGUCAGUGAAAAUGUUUUAUGUUCUUUUUGCCUCCAGUCGUCCUCGUUCUGUCAUUCUGAACAUUGUGAUGAUGUAGUAUUCUAAAGGCUCUGAGCAGAACAGACCAACACACACACAGCUUCACUUGAAUAUUAUGUCAAAAUGUUGGUUCUCGUUGCAGUCACAUACUACAGAUAUGGUGAGUUGACUGUGUAGACUCUGAUGGAGUUCACCCCAGUGUGAUGUUUUAUUUAAGCAGUGCCUUUGUUUUAAGGAUAACACUCACUUUCAGAAGCCAUUUCCCUGCAGUAACUCCACAUGGAUUUUUGUGUGUUAUAUCGACUUUACACCGGUCAGAACAUCAUUGUGACUGGACAAGGUGCUACAUUUACAAACUGAAUUUUGGUUUUGUUUUUUUGGUUACUGUGUGUGUGUGUGUGUGUGUGUGUUUGUUUGUCAGUAGACUCCAUAUAAAAACACUAGAAAACAGAGAUGCCAAAAUGUGUAGUUUUGGGCACAGCUUUAUGACGCGUGUUACCUGUGUGUGAGUAUAGAGCCAAACUUUUGUCUUUGGAGUGUGUUUAAUCAUUUUAAGAGUGGCUGAAACCAUGUGAUGUUUACUUGAGUUCAAAAUAAAAUAAA